AUGGCGCGGAAGCGACGUAAGCGCGCGGCCGGGGACGACGACGUCCCCACGUCGCCCAGGACCACCACGGACGCGCGCGUCGCCGCCGCGGACGGAUUCGACGCGAAGGCGACCGUCGGGGCGACGAUUCGCGCGCUCCUCUCGAGCGGCGAAAGAUCCUCGGAAUCGACGCUGUUCCUGCGAUGCGCGACGGACGCCGACGACGCGUACGACGAGCGCGUGACGCACGGCGCGGUAUGGUCGCACGCGGCGUCGAUCGUGGACGCGCUGAAGCCGAUCCUCGCGCGCGCGCGCGCGAGGACGCCCGCGCGACGCGACCGCGACGGCCGCGCGCUUCCUCCGCUCGUCGGCGUCUACGCCGAUCCCUCCGCGGAGUACGUCGCCGCGCUGAUCGCGAUCCUCGCCUGCGAGGCCGCGUUCGUGCCGCUCGACCCGGGGUGGUCGACGCCGCGGCUUCGCGCCGUCGUCAAGAGCGCGCGCGUGGACGGCGUGAUCGUCCUGCGCGCGCCGCGCGACGAGGCGUGCGACGUCUUCGCGCCGACGUCGAUGCCGGCGGCGAACGUCGCGACGUUCACCACGCGGGCGCCGAAAUCGGUGACGAAGGCGAAAGCGCGCGCCGCUGCGGCGACGCUCGCGUCCGCGGCGGAGGGCGAUGACGUCGUGCUCUCGGACGUGUGCUACGUAAUGUACACGUCCGGGUCCACCGGGACGCCGAAGGGCGUGCUCGGGACGCACCGCGGGGUGUUAGCGCGCGCCGCGUGGGAGCUGCCGCGCGCGCCGGACGAGGGGCGCGAACGCGGGUGUCUGAGCACCGCGGUGGGGUUCGUGGACUCCGUGAACGAGAUAUUCGCGCCGCUGCUGCGCGGUCGGGUCUCCGUCGUCGUGAACUGGGAGUACACGAGCUAUGAAGCGGCGAUGUGCAAGUUCCUGUGCGACGAGGACGUGGAAACCAUGACUACGAGAGACGUGACUUUUAGAUUCUUCACGCGCGGCGGCGGCGACGGCGACGCCAGGUUCAAGGCGACGACACUCGCGAAAGCGGUGGUAAACGGUCGAGUCACGCGCGUGACGGUGACAGCGUCGAUGUGGACUAUGCUGCUCCGCAUUCUGCAAAUGGUCUUACAAAUGGGCGAUUACCCUGUUGAUCAUUUGCAGCUGUGCACGGUCGUGUCGAGCGGCGAGCCGCUGCAGAUCACCAAAUUACAGUGGUGGAGUUUUUGGGAGGAGAAUGAAUUGUACGACGUCGCAGACGGAAAAGGGCCCACCGUGUACAACCUGUACGGCUCCACGGAGGUAUCCGGCGACGCCCUCGGAUGCGGGUUCUACUGCUCCAGAAGUAGUGACGUCCACAGUUUCGAUAAAUUCAUGCAGUUCGGGCGCGACGACGACAACUUCGAAGCGGAAAUGACCUCGUUUAACGGCGGGGAACUCCCCGAGGAAGCGCCGGUGGGGUACCCGAUGCGAAUGGGCGAAUGCUCGAUCGUCUUACUCAUGAAGAAAGACGAGGAAACGAACGGGUGGUUCGUGGUCAAAGAGAUGAACGAAACCGGCGAGGUCGUCGUCGCGGGCGACUGCGUCGCCGCUGGGUACCUUCCAGCGGAUGGCGAUGACAAAGACGACGAAGACGACGAGAGAUUCACCACGCUCGGAGCCCUUUUUGGGGACGGCUUGCCCGAUAAGAACGCUGCAGGCAUUCGCGCGUUUCGCACGGGCGACCUCGGAAUGUUCAAGCAGUCUUCUACAGGUCGCGGCGGCGCGUGUAUCACCCUUCAGGGCCGGAGCGACGACAUCGUGAAAGUGUUCGGCGAGCGCGUGAGUUUAAGAGAGGUAGAGGCCGCGGCGAGCAGCGUGGACGGGGUGGAGCGCGCUGUCGCGAAGUUUUUUCGCGCGAUCGACGAAGGGGAAUGGAACGACGAAGGGGAUUGGGACGAGGGAUGGGACAUCGGGGGACUCGUCGCGCUGUACAUCGUCGUGCGUGGACGAACGCGAGGAAAUAGCGAUGCGAUGUCGCGACGCGUCAUCGAGGCGUGUCGCGCUCGCGGCGUUCCGAGAAUCGCGACGCCGACGAUGAACGCGAUCACGACGCUCGAUUCGCUGCCGAUGACCGCGUCCGGGAAGGUGGAUCGCGCCGCGCUGCCGUUUCCGGAUCUCGCGCGCGCUCUGAAUUUUAAGAUCGGUGAGGUGAACACCGCGGACGAGGUCUUGGAGAUGAUGCGUAAAAUCCUGGGCGACGACAAAUACGGAAUGUUGGAUGAUUUUUUCGAAUUCGGCGCCGCCUCCCCGGACGCCGCGGCUUUGGCGCACAUGCUUCGUAUCGACGCUUUGAAAGUGUACGAUUUACGUCGAGCCGAUGCGAUCGCAGCAUUUUUGAAGGCCGAUUUAGCCAUUGGAAUGAGGGAGAAACCUGAGAAACCUUCCUGGGCCUCCGACAGCGACGAAGACGACGACGACGGGAGUGACGAUUCCUCGUGGGAAGAGGUCGACGAGCCGCCGCCUCCCGGUGCCGCGCACACCACGAUAGAAGACGCGAAGCCUUUACGUCACGUCUGGGACGCGAAGCUCGGCAGGUGCGUCGACGCGCGCCCGCUCGUGUUUCGCGUCGCGGGCGAAUCCGGCGACGGCACGUGGAGGGUCGUCAUCGGCUCGCACAGCGCGGAGGUCGUGUGCGCGCGCGCGUUCGACGGCGAGGUGUUGUGGCGGACGAACCUCCCGGGGCGCGUGGAAGCCGGCGCUUGCGUCGCGGAUGCGAAGAACACCGUCGUCGCGGUGCCGUGUCUGGAUGGACACGUGUACUUCAUCGCCGUCGCCGACGGCGAAAUUCUGUGGUCGUACGACACCGGCGGCGAGUGCAAGGGCGAGCUCACGGGGUAUCGACGAAAACCGGAAGACAUUCAGAUCGUCGGCUCGAACGACCCAAACGACGAGAAUCUCACGCGAGAUUAUCUCGUCUUUGGCAUGUCUCACGGCGGCGCCGCGUUCGCGCUGAGUCACUCGAAACGUCGAGCGAUAUGGAGCCUGAGCGCGCUCGGCAAAGGCCUCGGCCCAGACGGAGAGGGCGAGUUUCACGUGAAGAACUUCGUCGGCGUCGCCGCGCCGUGCGUGUGCGUGCACGGCGAAGUCGACCGCGAAGGCUGGAGAAACACGUCGAACGACUGCGUCGUAUUCGCGACGUUGGCGGGCGUGGUCGUCGCCGUCAGCCUCGACGUCGUCUUCAAGUGCGCCGCCCCCGAGUAUUGGGAAAAGAAACCGAAGGACGCCGUGCGUUGGGCGGUGGGCGCGCACUGGUCCGACUUCGAGGAUGGCGGGGACUUUGUGCCCGUGUUCUCGUCCCCGGUGUUUCUGAAACACACCGGCAUCGUCGCCGUCGCGAACGUCGACGGCGUGAUCGAGGGUUUCCCGACCGAACACGGUUUCGGAGGUCGUCCAGAAGAUCCACACGCCGCGCACGCGUGGAAGAUCGAAACGGGCGCGCCGAUAUACGCCCCGCUCGCCUCGAUGGAGGAGUUUGGCAACGGUUUCAGCGUUCGCAAUAUGCUCAUCGUCGCCACCGCGCACGGGUCGCUGAUCGGUUACUUAUGCGACGACGGCGAGGGCUCAGAGGACCACUACGGGUACGCGGACAAUCCGUACGAGGACUACUCGGACGGGGGAUACCACACCUUCGAGGACCCGGAUGAAAUCUGGCGCGUGCAACGCAAAGGCCGCAUUCGCGCGGCGCCGGCGUUUCUCGCGCCCGGCUACGAGAAUCAUUUACUCAUGGACAUCGUGGCCGCGUGGGACACCGGCGAGGUCGGCGUCGUGACGUUCGAUGAGGGCGGCGUCGCGAAGCUCCGAGCGAUCGAGACGUUACCGGCGGCGGUGUUUUCAUCCCCCGCGCCGAUCGCGUUCCGCGGCGGCGACAGAUUCGUCGAGCGGAUUUACAUCGGAUGCCGGGACGAUAAACUGCACGCGCUCGAGGUCCCGGACAGGAAGGAAUGACGCUCGCGCUCUCGCUAACGCGAGCGAGCUUCGCAUCGCGCGUAGUCAUCAUAACGUAUGAUACUGUAGUCUACCUCAACGAAACACCUC